AUGGCUUCUUCAUCGACGCCUAUCACCCCGUUGCUCUACUCGUGCAUAGCGCACAACAACACCAUCCUCAGCGAAUGCACCACAUCGGCCGUAUCGCAAACCUCUUCCCUCGCCUCCGUCAUCCUCCCCAAAAUCGAGCACAACACCCCCCAGAAGCUGACCUACACCCACGGCUCGCACCACAUCCACUACAUCGCCGAGGCGCCCUCUGAUCACCCAGACCACCCCUCCGCCGGCGGCCUCACCUUCCUCGUCAUCGCCGACGCCUCGCUGGGCCGCCGUAUCCCCUUUGGUUUCCUCUUUGAGAUCCGCCGCCGCUUCCUCGAGCAGUUCCCCGCCGAGACGACCGAUUACGCCGAGCUGCCCAACUACGGCGCCGCCAGCUACAAUGGCCAGCUCAAGAAGUUCAUGGUCGACUUCGGCACCACGAGCGGCGGCAAGGACGACGCAAUCUCCAACGUCCAGCGCGAGAUCGACGAUGUCCGGGGCAUCAUGACGCGCAAUAUCGAGGGCUUGCUCGAGAGGGGCGAGCGCAUCGACUUGCUCGUCGACAAGACGGACCGUCUCGGCGGCAGCGCGCGCGAGUUCCGCGUCCGCAGCCGCGGUCUCAAGAGAAAGAUGUGGUGGAAGAACGUCAAGCUGAUGGCGCUCCUCACGCUGGUCGUGGUGCUCAUCGUACUCGCCAUUGUGAUUGCGGUGAAGAACUAA